AUGCUCGCCGUACCGGGCCGGUGCAGUCACUAUCAGGUGCAGACAGCAUUUCGAUGUACAAGAAGCUUGCAUUCGACCGCUGUUUCCUUCUCAAGCGCUUCCGAUUUCCGGUCCAGCUUUUCUGGCCAAGGCUUCACCGGCUACUAUGAGCCAGGCGACACCGAAGGUCCUCUGCGGAAAGCCUCUAACAUUGGCGCCCCAAAGAUUACUCCACGAGCCCUCAAGAAGCACCUGGACCAGUUUGUAGUCGGACAGGAAAGAGCGAAGAAGGUGCUCAGCUCAACGAUCUAUAACCAUUAUCAGAGGAUCCAAGAGAUUCAACGGCAACAUGAGGAGGCACAAGAGAUGCUCGAGCGCCAGGCCAGGAGGUCGAGGCAUCCUGUAGAAGGCCAUCAUGCCACGAUACACGCUUGGGUCCCGCCGUCUCCGCCUCCGUCGUACUCACCGCUCGACGACUCGUCUCCCUUGACCAUCGAGAAGUCCAACAUUAUGCUGCUUGGUCCAUCAGGAGUUGGAAAGACACUCAUGGCAAAGACACUGGCUCGCGUGCUUGACGUACCGUUCAGCAUGUCUGACUGUACCCCUUUCACACAAGCGGGCUACAUUGGUGAGGAUGCAGAUGUAUGUGUACAACGCCUGCUGGCUGCCGCAAACUACGAUGUAGAAAAGGCCGAACACGGCAUCAUUUGUCUCGACGAGAUCGACAAGAUCGCCACAGCCAAGGUGUCGCAUGGAAAAGACGUUGGCGGAGAAGGAGUGCAACAAGCUCUGCUCAAGAUCAUCGAAGGCACCACCUUACAGAUACAGGCCAAACAAGAAAGAGGGAACAACUCGAAUCGCAACAACAAUCAGUACCCGAAUGGUUCACCCACGAAUAGUCCACUGAGCAGUGGUGGUGUGGGUGGAGGCAUGGGCCAGGCACCGGGAAAGAGCGAGGUCUUCAAUGUGAACACAAGCAAUAUCCUGUUCAUAUGCACCGGCGCAUUCAGCGGCUUGCACAAAACUAUUCUCGAUCGUGUAGCAAAAGGAGGCCUCGGAUUUGGCGCCAACGUGCGUGCAAGUACUGCUCAAGAUGGCGGAGCUCAGGAGACCACCAUUACCGAUGACGAUGAAAUGGUCCGCAAACAUCUCCCUUAUUACAUGCCACCAGCGUCCGAGGAGGACUCGUACAACCCCUCUUCGAAAAGCAAGAAGGCCACAUACAAUAUUUUGGAUCUCGUUGAGCCGCAAGAUCUGCAAAAAUACGGCAUGAUCCCUGAGCUAGUCGGCCGUAUACCAAUCUCUUGUGCGCUGUCCGCGCUGGACGUGGAUGCCUUGGUCAAGGUUUUGACCGAGCCACGAAAUUCGCUUCUAAAGCAAUACGAACAGCUCUUCCGACUCUCUUCCAUAGAGCUGAGGAUUACGACUGCCGCCCUUCACGCUAUCGCAGAAACUGCCUUCACUAUGGGAACCGGUGCCAGAGGACUGCGUACAGUGUUGGAAAGACUGCUCGGGGAGAGCAUGUUCGAAGCGCCUGGCUCGGACAUCAAGCACAUCGCCGUGACCGAGGAUGUAGCAAAGAGAAACUCCCCAGCACUAUACUUCACUCGAGAUGGCAAGACGAGAUUCAACGCCCUGAUUGUGAGAGAGGAGGAAGAAUGGGAAGACCGCAAACGCGGCGAAGAACCUAUGGAGAGCGACUUUGAGCGCAGAGCAAGAGCGAACAGUCGAGGAGGACACGCCACGACCUUUGAGGAAUAUCGUCAGAAAACAACCGCUGCUGGGUUUACAUAA